CGGAGCGCAAACAAGUUCGGUGCCGGGCAGCCAGCAUUGCUGUGCUGAUUAGCGCUCACUCGGACGGAAACGUACCUACUCAACCGCGCCUCUGCUGCCGCUACAGCCGUACGAGAGAAUGACCAUCAGUUUAACUCAAGUGUCCGAUCGAAACGCGCGCAGUUUUAUGAAGACGACGAGCGCGACGACGCAAUGUACUCCAAUCGGUGCAGGAAUUUGAAUCUCCCGCGGAUCGAUAUAGAAGCGGCCAACACGGAUGUAGCUCAACAGCAGCAUCAGAACUUGGAGGAGACUAAGCAGUUGUUGAACAGUGCCAGAUCCGAACGGUUGAGUCCCGUGCCCAGCUGUGGGGCGUUUGGGAAAGGAUCCAGUUCACCGACGCGGUCGCCUGGAAGGAGAUUAAAAGGCUUUCGCCCCAGUGUAUUCGUCAAUCGAGCUCACAAGCGAGCGGUGUUUAAAAAUGGUUCCUGCAACAUAGCAUCCGUUACCGGGUCCAAUCGACACCUGCGCUUUCUGGUGGACCUCUUCACAACCCUGGUUGACGCACGAUGGCGCUACACGCUGAUGGUGUUUGCCCUAGGGUUCAUGGGUUCAUGGCUGUUCUUCGCCCUGCUCUACUGGUUCAUCUGCCUGGUUCACGGCGACCUGGAUGAGGAAAAUCUCCCGCACAAUCAGGAAGCAAAUGGGUGGAAACCUUGCGUUACCAACAUCUACACGUACACUUCGUGCUUCCUGUUCUCGCUGGAAACUCAGCACACCAUCGGUUACGGAAAUCGUGCCACCACCGAGGAAUGCCCGGAAGCGAUUUUUGUCAUGAGUUUGCAAUCUAUCCACGGAGUCAUGAUUCAAGCCCUACUGGCUGGUAUCAUCUUCGCCAAGAUGACCCGCCCCAAAAGUCGCUCGCAAACACUCCUAUUCUCCAAGUGCGCCGUGAUCUCUAUGCGUGACGGCGAAAUGUGCCUGAUGUUCCGCGUAGGAGAUCUACGCAAGAGUCACAUCAUCGGGGCCAACAUCCGAGCGCAGUUGAUUCGAGAAAGAUGGAGCCGCGAAGGCGAGAAUAUGCCGCAGUACCAGAAGGAGCUGGCACUGACCGUCGAUGGAUGCGGAUCGGAUUUGUUCUUCAUCUGGCCACAGGUCGUGGUACAUCGGAUUAACAGCGAUUCUCCGCUGUGGGAGCUGAGUCCAUUCGAGCUGCUGCACGAACGGUUCGAGAUCGUCGUAGUGCUGGAGGGCACCAUUGAGUCUACCGGACAGAGUACCCAAGCCCGGUCUAGCUAUCUGAACACGGAGAUCCUGUGGGGUCGGAGGUUCGAACCGGUUCUUGGCUUCAGCAAGGACAAGCAGAGUUACGUGAUCAACUUUUCCUUGUUCAACGAUACUUCACCGGUCGAGACGCCGAAUUGCUCGGCCAAGGAGUUUGCUGAGGGAACAAAUUACAACAGCAAUGAAAAUCUACUAAACAAGCCAACAUUCGAGUACGGAAGCCUGGUGGAAAAGCUAGAACAGUAUCAUGUCGAGAACGAACAGGACCUACAAAGACCGCUGAAAUCGGCCUUGAAGAGUGACAAAAAUGGUUCACCAGGGAGGCAUCCACAGACAGAGCUGGGGAAUUCCGACAGCAAAAACGGAAUUAUGACGAUCUACGACGGCGAGAGCACGGUGCUGUGAGGUGACUUUUGUAGGCAUUCACCACUGUUGUGUACGUUUGGAAGUCCGAUAGUAGGCGGAUGAGAGUGCAACAUUAUUGUAGCGUAUUGCGGUUAGCAUAAGUGUAGGAGUAAAACUGCUUGUGAGAUUUCAGUAUACAACAACGUUCAACUUUAUAUAGUUUGAUCAAUCUGCAGAAGAUAAGAAAUUAUAAUAUAAUGUAAGCAAUUCUAAACGAUAUAAAA